CAGGACAAAUGCAGCCCUCUACAGACUCUGAAAAGUCAAGAGAUUCCUCAAAGCAACAGCAGUUCAAGUGUAAAGUUAGAGAGAACCAAGAAGUCGGCAGAUGGAAAAAGUCUGAGCAUGAUGACUUCAUUAAAGGGCUCAAAAUGUAUGGAAAGGACUGGAAGAAGAUAGAAGCACUAGUCAAGACCAGAAAUGGAGCCCAGAUUAGAAGCCAUGCCCAAAAAUGGUUCAGCAAGAUCAAUAAACUGAAUAAAACAAGUACUUUAGAAGGUGACCAUAUCAAAGAGGAAGAAUUAGAGACACUAAAAUUAUUAAAUGAAAGAUCUAAGAAGAGAGAAAUCAAGCAAAUGCUUAAGGAAGCCGAAAGCGAAGUACAACCAGAGUUAGAGCCAGAAAUUCCAUUUAAACCUGUUGAAGGAAUAGAUUUGAGCAAGAACAGACCCGAUCCACACCAUGUAAAGAAGUAUAGCGAUGAGGAUAUCCUCCUUCUUAUCAAAUUUAUUGUGAAGGAGUUUUCCAAAGUUGUUCAUAAAUGGUUUUAUUCUCAACCAUCAAGCCUACUAGGCGCUAAUUUGCCUGCCCAGCAAGCAAAUAAUAACCAAUUGCUGCUUCAUCUUCUUCUCAACAGAGAGAAUACUAUGAGACAGCAGCAGGAGAGCCUAAAUCACGCUCUUCUGCAGCAAACUAAUUCAAAGCUUUUAUUAGAUAUGAUUUCCCAAUUUAAGCUAAAUCAGGGAGCUCCAGCUCCCUCCUCUCCGAUAGGAGUAGGUACUUUUACCCACAGAGGUGACGAGCCAAAAGAAAAUUUUGAUGACAUCAAAACUCCUGAAGGGGAUAACCCAGAAGGUAAGGAUGAUGUCAAUACCGUUCAAUCUUCAGAGGGGAGAACUGACAGAAAAGAGAGCAUCUCUGAAGACCACAAGUCUAACAAAAUAAGCUUGUCAGAGGCCUACUCAAUCUUGAACAAGAAUGCCCACUUACAGUCCCUAUUUCAAAAUAUUUCUUCUUUCAAGUAGGGACUAGAGGCUUCUUAUCUUUCAAAACCCUCUUAGUAAUCAU